UCAUUUUCUUCUCUUCCCUUCCAUAGACAAAUGUGCAGAAAAUGUUCAUUCCUUUCUUCUGGUCUUCUUUUACUCUUUGAACAAAAAUGGAGAUUCUCUUCUCCUCGUGCAAAUCCCAAUAAGAAUGAACAUCCGUGGCAUAGGAAAAAAAUCAACCUUUUUUGUUUAUAAUGAUAUCCCAUCGUCGUUUGUUGGGCAAGCAAAUUCUGCAGAGCAUUUGAUCUUUUGGAAAACUAAACUACACAGAAUUUCAAGGUUCGCACCAGAGAGAGAGAGAGAGGUUCAUUUCCACGGCCGUAGAGAAAUGGGAAGAACGGCAGAGAAAAAUGGAAGCAGUGACCGCCACUGAUGAUCAAGACUUCGAUAUCUACUAAUCGCAAUUCUCUCUCUCUCUCUCUCGGCAACGUUUGAUUCUUGAAGAUCGUUCUAAUUCAACUGGCACCUGGGUAGCCUCAGUCGCAGAGCCAAGAAGAACACAGCAAGUUCUGCACUGUGAGUUGCACUUUUUGGGGAAUUUGAUACGGAUAGAAGUGGUCUGAUCUGAGGAGAAAUUCUGGGUUUUGUUGGUUCUUGGACAUAUGGCAGAGAUCAAAUUCCGGUUAACCGAUGGUUCGGAUAUUGGUCCCCAGACAUUUCCGGUUUCCACAACUGUUGCGACGUUGAAGGAAACUGUCAUUGCUCAGUGGCCAAGAGCAGAAAUGGGGAAUGGCCCAAAGGCGGUGGAAGACGUGAAGUUGAUAAGUGCCGGGAAGAUUCUGGAGAACAACAAGACAGUGAGAGAAUGCCGGAGCCCUCUCUGCGAUAUUCCCAGUGGGGUUACCACCAUGCACGUCAUCAUCCAACCUCCGUCUUCCGAGAAAGAUGAGAAGAUGAAAAGUAAACAAGAACAGAACAAAUGCGUCUGUACCAUCUUGUGAGGACAAUGGCAUCUCCACGGAAGCUGCGGCUUCAGUAAAUAUCUUCUCGUGUGUAUCUUUUCAGACUCAAAUGUACAUUUUAUGGAUACUGAACGCCCCUCCUUAGUAUACAUCUUCUUUUUUCUUUGUUCUACAGUCUUUACAGAUUUAUUUUCGUAUGAUAACACAGAUACAUACAUAGUUACAUACAUGCAUGUAACAGGAUUGUCAUGAGACAUUAUCACAUAGAUCUCCUUUUAUAAGAACAAGUGGUGAAGAAGGGAACUUGUAUUCGUUUUCAGACA